AUGGAGAUAUUCAUUUAUCGUUUCGCGUUUAUAUCCAUCCUCCUAUCUGCUACUCUAACUCAUGAUCCUGAACUGCUUAAAAGAUUCCGCUUAAAUUUCCCUCGUCUAUUUUUGGCCGAAGGCAACGAGUUUAAGGAACCACUUCUCACCUCAUCAGAACAAGAAAUCGAUGCUUCGAAGUAUCAGUCAAAGAAGGUGGUUCUUAAUGGGAAUAAAGAAACCACUUCUGAACCGCUUGUUGGUACUGGAGGUGUCGGUGUAUUCUCAACUCCUUCGGGACUGAAAGAAUUCUUCGUCGAAUUGGUUGAGAGGCAGAGGCCGAUGUUUUUGGUUCACCUCGUCAGGAAGUUGGGACAUGAGCGAAUUCUCUGCUUCACAAACUCUCGUGAAGAGAGCAAGCGUCUGGCCGCUGUACUGAAUCACUUUGAUGGCAUUAAAGCCCGUGCCUUGAAUGCUGGUAUGCCUUUGCGGAAGCGAACUCGUUUGUUGUCGGCUUUUGCUGAUGGCGAAUAUCAGCUAUUGAUAUGCACUGAUGCAGUAGCCAGAGGCAUAGAUGUAAAAAAUAUCUCCUGUGUAGUGUCGUAUAAAGCGCCUCAAUCAGUCAAAACCUACGUUCAUCGUAUCGGUCGAACUGCCAGAGCUGGUAAAUCUGGUGAGGCCUAUACUCUUCUUAAUCAUAAUCAGAUCCGAUAUUUCAAAUCCAGUUUGAAAUCGGUUGGCAAGCGUGCCAAAAACUUCCACAUUCAACCCAGCAAGUUGAGACCAUAUGAAAAGGAAUAUAAGGCUGCACUCGCGGAAUUGGAGAAAGAAUAUAAGGUCAAACCGAAGGAUGCUUUUGGUGUUGCCAAAGCUGCCGAAGAAAUAAAUGGUAGACGUAAACGUGAGUUGGAUGAGAAGGACGACAUAAUGUCCAAGAAGUCUAAAUUGGAAACAGAAGAACAUAUAAGCAUGAAACAAAAAGGAUUUCAUUUAAAACUGCGUUGUUCUCUUACUCCGGGAAAGUCUGGAUCUUAUGAUGCUUGUUACUUUGGUGUUGAUAUUGCCAAAGAUGCUUUUGUGAAUCCCUAUGAGGUGUCCGAUAAACUGCCAGAAUUAAAGUUCACCAUUACCCGAAGAGCUUCUCAAAGCAAAGGUCGAUUAUUUGGUUUAUUACCUUCUGAGAAACCAGAAGAGUAUGAGAGCACUCAAGAAAUUGCUUUGAACUCCUCUGAAAUAGACAUAGAAGCGCCAAGUUGGAAAUCAGAGUCUAAUCGUUGGAAAUUUUCUUUUGACUCUCAGUUAAACUCGUAUGGAUCUGAUGCUGCGGCCAUUGAACUUUCAAUUCCUUUACAUCUUCGUUAUAAUCUUCCUUCACGUAAUGGCAAUCCAAAGGGUGGAUUCGUUGCAAAAGCCUUCAGUGGACAGUGUGGAACCUCCUCCUCAGAAUUGGGAGUAUUUAGUGGAAUAUAUCACAUGGGAUGUUCUUCCGAUCUCCUAUUGGUGAUGCCACUGACCGCAAUCUUACUGGUUAUUGGAGUGUUUGUUCUGGCUCUUCAUCACUAA